CUGGGAGUCUGGCCAUAGCGCUGAAAAAACUUGUUGUUGUCGGGGAAAAUGGCGUCAAACGUAGAGGCCCCGGAGCGCUGGUACCUCGCCCUUCUCGGCUUUGCGGAGCAUUUCAGAACCUCCAGCCCGCCCAAGAUCCGACUCUGCGUGCACUGUCUACAGGCGGUGUUUCAGUUCAAGCCGCCGCAGAGGAUCGAGGCCCGGACACAUCUCCAGCUGGGCUCGGUCCUCUACCACCACACCAAGAACAGCGAGCUGGCCCGCAGCCACCUGGAGAAAGCGUGGUUCAUAUCUCAACAAGUCCCUCAGUUUGAAGAUGUCAAAUUUGAAGCUGCAAGCAUUUUGUCAGAACUCUUCUGCCAACAGAAUUUGGUGGACUCUGCAAAACCCCUCCUGCGCAAGGCGAUCCAGAUUUCACAACAAACACCAUACUGGCACUGCAGAUUGUUGUUCCAGUUGGCGCAACUUCAUACACUGGAGAAAGACUUGGUGUCGGCAUGUGACCUGCUGGGGGUCGGAGCCGAGUACGCCCGAGUGGUUGGGUCUGAAUAUACCAGGGCGCUGUUUCUCCUCAGUAAAGGAAUGUUGCUGCUAAUGGAGAGGAAGCUUGGGGAGGUGCAUCCUCUGCUCACACUGUGCGGAACUAUUGUAGAAAACUGGCAGGGAAACCCGAUCCAGAAGGAGUCCCUGAGGGUCUUCUUCCUGGUCCUACAGGUCACACACUACCUGGAUGCUGGACAGGUGAAAAGUGUGAAGCCGUGUCUGAAGCAGCUGCAGCAGUGCAUCCAGACCAUCUCUACACUCCACGAUGAUGAGAUUCUGCCCAGCAACCCAGCCGACCUCUUCCACUGGCUGCCCAAGGAGCACAUGUGUGUCCUCGUCUAUUUGGUGACAGUCAUGCACUCCAUGCAGGCAGGCUACCUGGAGAAAGCUCAGAAGUACACAGACAAGGCUCUUAUGCAACUAGAGAAACUAAAAAUGUUGGACUGCAGCCCCAUCCUCUCUACCUUUCAAGUCAUUCUACUGGAGCACAUCAUCAUGUGUAGACUCGUCACGGGCCACAAGGCCACUGCGUUACAAGAGAUCUCACAGGUGUGCCAGCUGUGCCAGCAGUCCCCCAGGUUAUUCACCAACCACGCUGCUCAGCUUCACACGCUAUUAGGUCUGUACUGUAUCUCGGUGAACUGUAUGGAUAACGCAGAGGCACAGUUUACCACGGCUUUGCGGCUCACCACACACCAGGAACUGUGGACAUACAUCGUAACCAACUUGGCCAGUGUCUACAUAAGGGAAGGGAACCGACACCAGGAGGUUGGUGAAUUGUACAGCCUCCUAGAGAGAAUAAACCCAGACCAUAACUUCCCAGUAAGCUCCCAUUGCCUCCGGGCUGCAGCCUUCUACAUCAGAGGACUCCUGUCCUUCUUUCAAGGACGCUACAACGAGGCCAAACGCUUCCUCAGAGAAACCCUGAAGAUGUCUAACGCCGAGGACCUGAACAGACUGACUGCCUGCUCCCUGGUUCUGCUGGGCCACAUCUUCUACGUGCUGGGCAACCACAGAGAAAGCAACAACAUGGUUGUACCUGCCAUGCAGCUGGCCAGCAAGAUCCCCGACAUGUCUGUUCAGCUCUGGUCUUCGGCCCUGUUGAAAGACUUGAACAAGGCCCUCGGGAACACCAUGGAUGCCCAUGAAGCGGCCCAGAUGCACCAGAACUUCUCCCAGCAGCUGCUGCAGGACCACAUCGCUGCCUGCAGCCUCCCCGAGCAUAACCUCAUCAGUUGGACUGAUGGCCCUCCUCCUGUCCAGAUCCAAGCCCAGAACGGCCCGACCACCAGCCUUGCAAGCCUGCUAUGAGGGGAAAAAAAAAAAGAAAAACCCCGUCUGUCUCACAAUAUGGCUGAAGCUGGUACAUUAUCACAAGCGACAGAUCGAUGCCUAACAACCUGCUAUCAGACCACUGUAGCUGAGAUUUGAGAGGAUUUUUAACAGGUCACAAGAGUUCAGGCCUUCACUUUAUUAGUUUCUCGAGAUUGCUUCCUGAUUGUCUAUCACUUCUUUAAUUGUUGUAAAGAAAUUACAACGACUGUUGUGCAUGUAUUUCACACUUUCCGAUGGCAUGGAUGCAGGGCGGGUUCGGACUCUUUAUUGGGAGUUGGUGAACGACACAUAGCGACGUAUAAAAGGGCUUCUUUGCCUCGGAUAUGGAGAACCCUUCUCUACGGUUGCCAGGUUCCUCUGGAAAAAAAGGAGGGGCUAGAUAGAGGGGCGAGCAGUAAAGAAAUGUAGAAGAAAUUAAUUUAUUCAUGUUGAUAUUUUUGUAUCUGUUGGUAAAUAUUUUACAUCUUGCCUUUUUUUGUAUGGAUCCUCUUUAUUUUUUUGUUUUUUUUUUUUCAUGCAUGGAAGUUACUGACGUGGACUCCCCUGUACUAUAGUUUGGGUUGCUAACAAUAAAUUCUUGGUUGAUCAUUUUUUUUGCACAAAAUCCAUAUUCGAAAGAAGAGAGACAUCUUGUAAUAUAUUUUCACACAUUAAUCAGUUGAAAAAGUUUCACCGUACAAAUUGUCAGCGUACAUAGCAUUGGAGCGGUGCCUCUGUGGACCGAAAUAUUUCUCUGUUGGGGGUCUGUUGAUGAGCGAUGUUUCAAUGCUUUGUGAGUUUUAUAUCAUUUUGGUGGCUGUGAGGUUUUACCACAAACCCUUUUAAAAGCAACACAACUGAUGUAUUUUUCCAUAAUAUAUAAAUUCCCUGUCAAUGUAUUCAUUUUUACAAUUCCGGUUUAGACUUUUGGAGCUCACGGUAAUCUUCAGAUAUUCAAAACAAAAGCAAAUUUAUUUUAUUUUGUUAUAUUUUAAUUUGUCUUGAUAGUUCUACUAAAUGCUUUCUUUACAGUAUGUUUGUAUAGAUUUGCCACUCGUUGAACCUUUAUUGUACAGUGACAUUUUAUAAAGGCAAUUUAGUAAAGUGUGAUAUGUAUUUUUAGCUAUCCUGAGUAGAAAUCUCAAUGCUUGGUAUUUGAGGCACUCUGUACGGACACAGUUUAAGCUUGAGUACUAGCCAUAUUCUAUCCAAUGCAUAUGUUUUUAAUGCUUACAUUGUUUUCAAUAAUUUUCCAAUAAAAUAUG